AUGGCUUGCCUGGAGGAUGGGAACCACACUGCAGUGACAGCGUUCAUUUUAUUGGGAUUAACAGACAAUCCAGUCCUUCGAGUCAUCCUCUUCACCAUUAUCCUGUGCAUCUACCUGGUGACUGUGUCUGGGAACCUCAGCACUAUCCUUCUCAUCAGAGUCUCUUCCCAGCUCCAUCACCCCAUGUACUUUUUUCUCAGCCACUUGGCUUCUGUUGACAUUGGCUACUCUUCUUCUGUCACACCCAAUAUGCUUGUCAGUUUUCUGUUAGAUAAAAGUACCAUCUCCUACCUUGGAUGUGGCAUACAGCUCAGCUUAGUUGAUUUCUUUGGGACAGCUGAAUGUUUCUUUCUGGACGCCAUGGCUUAUGAUCGCUUCAUGGCAAUCUGCAACCCACUGUUUUAUUCCACCAAAAUUUCCACACAAGUUUGUGUUCAGUUAGUUGUGGGAUCUUAUAUAGGAGGUCUUCAUGCUUCCUUUGCUAUGGUUUUCUUUUUUACUUUUCUCUUCUGUGGACCAAAUAUAAUCAAUCAUUUUUUCUGUGAUUUUGCUCCUCUGAUUGAGCUCUCUUGUUCUGAUGUCAGUAUCUCUGUAGUUGUUACCUCAUUUUCUGCUGGCUCAGUUACUAUGCUAACAGUGUUUGUCAUUGCUAUUUCCUAUAUGUACAUUCUCAUCACCAUCCUUAAGAUGCGCUCCACUGAGGGUAGACAGAAGGCCUUCUCCACCUGCACCUCUCACCUCACUGCAGUCACUCUGUUCUAUGGGACCAUCACAUUAAUUUAUGUGAUGCCCAAGUCCACCUUUUCUACAGACCAAAACAAGGUAGUGUCUGUGUUCUAUAUGGUAGUAAUUCCUAUGUUGAACCCCCUCAUCUACAGUCUCAGGAAUAAUGAAAUUAAGAGUGCUCUGAGGAGACAGCUUGGGAGAAAAACAUUCUCUUAG